CCAUCACUCAAGCACAUCAACACAUCCGCGUGCUCCGGGCCGUUCCUGACGUGGCGGAGCGCGAGUCGCACGCGCGCACCUUCCUCCUCCCCGCGUGGGCCUCGGCUAUUGGCCGCGCGCGCGCCGGCGCAGGUGCAGAACCCGAAACUCUGAGCUCAUGCAAAUGUGCAGCUGUGUGCGCGCGCGGCGCUUCAGGCUCAGCUUCAGUGCGUUAGAAACGCGCGCGCUUCAUAUCAACUUCACCCCGCUGCGCUCGCGCGCUCACUGCAGGGAGCGGAACAGGUCCGUGCGGAGUCCCGGAGCGCGCGCGCUAACUUCCUGCUGCUGGAACACCAAAGUUCCGGGUCACGUGAUGCCGCAGGUGACGGGGCCGGUGUUAGCGCAGCUCGCGCUGCUCCUGUGCGCUCUGCCCGCGCAGUACAUCAUCACCCAGUGGAGCAGCGGGACCGCCGCACAGCGACACCGGGCCACUCAGGGGUGGGUACACACUCACACACUCUCACACACCAUCACUCACUCACACACACCAUCAUCACUCAGUGGAGCAGCGGGACCGCCGCACAGCGACACCGGGCCACUCAGGGGUGGGUAUACACACACACACACCCCAUCACUCACUCACACACACCAUCAUCACUCAGUGGAGCAGCGGGACCGCCGCACAGCGGGACCGGGCCACUCAGGGGUGGGUAUACACACACACACACUCUCACUCACACACACCAUCACUCACACACACACUCUCACUCACACACACCAUCAUCACUCAGUGGAGCAGCGGGACCGCCGCACAGCGACACCGGGCCACUCAGGGGUGGGUAUACACACACACACACCCCAUCACUCACUCACACACACCAUCAUCACUCAGUGGAGCAGCGGGACCGCCGCACAGCGGGACCGGGCCACUCAGGGGUGGGUAUACACUCACACACACUCUCACUCACACACACCAUCACUCACACACACACUCUCACUCACACACACCAUCACUCACACACACACUCUCACUCACACACACCAUCAUCACUCAGUGGAGCAGCGGGACCGCCGCACAGCGACACCGGGCCACUCAGGGGUGGGUAUACACUCACACACACUCUCACUCACACACACCAUCACUCACACACACACUCUCACUCACACACACCAUCAUCACCCAGUGGAGCAGCGGGACCGCCACACAGCGACACCGGGCCACUCAGGGGUGGGUAUACACUCACACACACCCCAUCACUCACUCACACACACCAUCAUCACCCAGUGGAGCAGCGGGACCGCCGCACAGCGACACCGGGCCACUCAGGGGAUCCUUGAUGCGUGGAAAAGCAUGAGGAAGUCGUAUCUAAACGCCACUGUCUGGGUCGACUGGGUCACGUCUUGGAUGCCCAAACUUCCACUGUUGGGAGCGGAGGAGGAGGAGCUGGAGGAGAUGCAUGGAGACAACAUGGCACUGGAGAUUCUGAUGCACAGUAAUGAACACGGCUACUUCGCAGCUUCCGAGGUGCCGCGCAGCCCCAGGCCAGCGUAUGUCCUGCACCGUGUCGGAGAGGUCGUCAUGGAGAUCCAGAAUCACAUGGUGGGCGUGAUAGUGGGCUGGGACGAAGGACUCCGAGCUCCUCCAGAGUGGUUAAGGAGGAAAAAAUACACAGACUCCGAGAUGAAGAGAUUGAAGGACACCCCACACUACAAGAUCUUGUUCAGUGGCCCUGACUCGUCCUCUCUGAUGAUUGGAUACCUGCCGCAGAAUGUACUUCAACUCUUUGAAGGAUACAGGCCAGAAAUCCCCACCCUGGAACAGUAUUUCUCCCACUUUGAUGGGAAAAAAUUUGUGAUGCUCGACUGGCUGAAGGAACUCUACCCUGAUGACUGAGAGAGAAACGGAGACGGGAUGCACCGGCCACGCCGGAUCACACUGAUGGGUUGUGAAGGUGUGGAAGUCGUUGUGAUGUGAAUUAGCACUCGUCACUUUGAGCGCAGCUCUUCUUCCUGUUGUGCCUUGGAGUCUCCUGAUGGAGUGCGGAUGUGAUUUAGGCUGUGGCCAUGAUUUCAGAGUUUUUACAAAAUCAGGGAUGAUUAAUGCGAAUAAAUUGAUUACAGAGAACCACUUGAAUGAAUCAGAUGAAAGACUGGCUGAUAGAGUGGGAUAUUUUCAUAAUUUAAUUGCCUGUUUAUUAAACAUAACACUGUUUUUUUUUUUUUUUUUUUUUUGUGAGUGUAAUUCAGUUCAUUGCGGUUUAGAGAACGUUCAGUAUUGUGCCACGGGUUUUUAACAUGCUUUUACAGUGUUUUCAAGAAAAUGUUAACUAGAAGUGAAACACCUGAGCUAAUUAAGCUGUGGUUUUUUGUUUUUUUUUGUCAUCAUUUGCUUAUGUGUUUUGUGUUACAGCUACUCAGGAUGUAUGAUAUUUGCAUUAUUAAGCCUCAGAGGGUUUGGCUGUGAUUAAUUUUAGGAUAAGCUGCAGAGUGAGUACUGUUUGUACAAACAAUCAAGAAGGGGAAGGGAAAAAAAAGUAGGGCAGGAUAAAUUAACCUUGAAACUGGAAGCAACAACAGGUUCAGUAUAAUUUCUAUUGUUAAAAUGGACUGUUUUGGGAAAUUCAGGGCCUUUCAGAAGAUUACGUGCCUCAAAGUUUGUCCAUGUUUUUCAGUCUCGAGUCUAAAUAAAUCGUUGAUCUUCA